AUGGAGAAGUCCAUGCGGCCCAAACCGGGGACAGGAGGAGAUGGUCCUGAGCAGGCAGGAUUGUGCAGGGACACGGUCAGGCCUGGAACCAGAGAAUCCAGCACAAGCAGGGCAAAUUCUGUUUUGGCACGACUUUGGAGCGGAGGCAGAAACCCUGAAUGGACAGGAUCCGGGAGUGGCAGGGCAAAGUCUGCACGUCCCGUGCCCAGGAUGAACAGCAUCGGGCCAGGACAGCCAAAGCUCUGCACCGAAAUCGACGACUCAAGCACUGCCAGGUCAAGCGACAGCAAGGAAAAGCCCGUUCAUGUCAUUCCAGAUGCUGGAGAAGGGCUGUCAGAGCAUGCGGAUGAUCUUACCAACGACGCCGGUCCGGUGUCCGUCAUGUCAAGCGCAGAAGCUGCCAAGCCCAGAUACAUAGAGGAUCUCAUAAGCAAAGAUGAGCCCAAGGAAACGAAGUCCAACACGGGAGAAGAUGGUCCAAGAUGCAGUGGUGACCUCGUCGGUGUGGAGAAGCCAACAUGA